UCAUCUCUUACACCAAGCUCUCGCAAUGGGAAACCCCUUCACUUCCUUUAGCUUCUUCUUCUUCUUCUUCUUCACAGCCAUAUGGCUGACCAGUGCCUCCCCAUCUCCCUCCGUGACCCUAACUCUCAUACCCGCGAACAGCAACCUCUCACCUUUCAAGUCAUCCCCAUCACCUCCUUCUCUAGACCAAAUCAAUGCCCAUGACAAGGCUCGCUUGAUCUACCUCGACAACCUCAUAGCCAAAACAGACGUGCCCGUUGGCUCAGGUCGCCAGUUCCAGCAGGCAGGCAACUACUUGGUCAAAGCCAAUGUGGGCACACCCGGUCAGACCUUGUUCAUGGUCAUGGACACAAGCAAUGAUGCUGCAUGGGUGCCAUGCAGUGGCUGCACCGGCUGCUCAUCCCCUACCCUCUUCACUCUUGAACAAUCUACGACCUUCAAGCCGCUGCAAUGCGGCGCGGCCCAAUGCCGACAAGUAUCCAACUCAUAUUGCACCUUGUCGGACUGCCAUUUCAAUAUGACGUAUGGCGACUCAUCCUUUGAGGCGUUGUUAUCUGUUGAUUCGCUUACUUUGGCCAGCAGCACCAUACCCAGCUAUGCUUUUGGCUGCCUUAAGUCCGUGACUGGGACCUCAAUCCCACCACAGGGCCUGCUGGGACUAGGCCGAGGACCAUUGUCACUCCUAUCUCAAGCAGGCACUCUCUACCAGAAGACCUUCUCUUACUGCCUGCCCAAUGCCAAGUCUAUGAACUUCUCCGGUUCGUUGCGUCUCGGACCAGUCGGCCAGCCGACACGGAUACUUUACACCCCAUUGCUAACGAACCCCAGACGGCCAUCACUGUACUAUGUCAACAUGACAGGGAUAAAGGUAGGGAGAAGGACAGUGAACAUUCCGCCCAAUGUGUUGGCGUUUGACCCUACCACCGGUGCUGGAACCAUAUUCGACUCGGGCACCAUGGUGACUCGCCUAGUGGCCCCGGCAUACGUCGCAGUCCGAGACGAGUUCCGGCGACGGAUCAACCAGCCGGUGACCUCGCUAGGUGGGUUCGAUACGUGCUACAGUACGCCAAUUGUGCCGCCGACGAUUACAUUCCAGUUCGACGGGAUGAACAUGACCUUGCCGGAGGAGAAUGUUCUCAUACACAGUACCUAUGGCACCACAUCCUGCUUGGCCAUGGCUGCUGCACCAGUCAAUGUCAACUCUGUGGUGAACGUGAUUGCCACCAUGCAGCAGCAGAAUCACAGGGUCCUCUAUGACAUUCCAAACUCUCGUCUAGGUGUGUCACGUGAGCUCUGUACCUAGUAAACCGAUCGUGUCACAUGAGCUCCUAUGGAUCGCCACUGUCUUAGACAGCAGUCCAUGUUUCUGCUUUUUGUCUUCUUGCUAAGGAAUGCCAAAAUAUUCGACUGUUGGUUCUC